AUGUCGCGUGCAACCGGUGUGGGCGGAUCCCCAAUGUCCUCCUCUUUAGGCAGCCACAACUCCAGGGUCUCUACAUUCUCCUCACAGGAUGUGCGUUCAACCCAACGUGCUCCUACAAAGAACAUGGCCACACUUGUGAGAGAUGGUAAUGAUGAUCCUUUUGUCAUCGAUGAUUCCAAGCCGAAGGGCGAGGCCAAACUAUCGGCAACAGCAUCGGACUUCAAGCCGUUUGCACUCCGAGGAGCUCCCAGGGUUUCAAGCCCGUCUACUGACGACAAAGCCCUCAAGUAUCUACGAGAGGAGAUUGAAAACAACCCAAACACGGCCGUUCAGGGAGCGUUUACCACCGAUAUCGGAAAGUCUCGUUGCAUCAAGGUAUCCAGCGUCUAUGGCGAAGACACUCGUAGCCUUGUUGAUGCUUCAUUGGAGAAAAUGAUGGCUGGGGGGUUCUGGAAUCAAGGUAGCCGGCGCAUCAGUGAACUGGGAAACGUUGUGUAUCUUCGGCUUUCCAAUAUCAUGGAGGCUGUCAAUAUUUAUGACGCCAUCAAGGAAGAUAACAUCCGGAGCCUUCAGACGGAUUAUAUCCAUCCCAGAGUCUGGGCACAGAUCGUCUCGCCGUUGUCCCUUGGCAACCACUCGGCCCACGAAGGACAAGUUGUUCUGAGAACCGCCAAGCCCCUCGGUAUGAGCAGUAGACAAUUUGAAGACCGUCUGCUCAAGUGUCUUUCCACAGAAGGUCCUCUAGUGGCCUGGCAGAUGCUCCCCCUUCAUGAUGCUCCCUUCCCUGCCGUGUAUACCAUGAUUGCUGAGUAUUACGACUCUUCUUUAGCCUCAUGGGCUGUCACAACUAUCAAUGGCUCAACAAUUGGCAAAAAAGAGGGGUAUCCCGAGGUUCAAGUCUCCCUUAUCCAUCACAGACCUGAUCUAAAGCCAAAGCCAAUGUCAAAUGCCCUUGGCCAAUCGGUUUCAGCCUCACCUAGCAUGCCAGCCCACCUAUUCAAUGAUGGACACAGUUUUGCUAGAGCUCGUGUUGACAUGGCGAUUUCUAACCAAACACCAAGUCACCAUUACAUCGCGCGCGGCGGCACCAUGCCUCUUUCAAUAAGCCCAAGUACCAUCGGGAGUUUGGGUAACGCGUUUGGAAGUAUUUCGUUGCGGAACCAUACUCGAGAUUCUACACCUUUGGGUUCAGGUUCAAUGGCUUCUCCCUUUGGCACAAUCGGACCUGGACACCUGCCUGCUGCCUCGCAGUUUGGUGGAAACAAUGCCCCGCUCCCUGUUAUGAUGGACAUGGGCAUGGGUGUUUAUUCACCAGUCACGCCCACACAACAAGUUCACAAUACUUACCAGCCUUUCAAUCACCUGGGAAGAUUUGCCCAUCCCCAGGCGCCCAAUCCCUAUGGCCACUAUGGGCAGACCUUUGGUAGCCCUGACAGUAUGCACCAGAUAAACAGUCCACCGAGCAUGAAGCGACAUGGACGUGCAGACUUUAGCUACUCGAGCCCUUCGCCAGGAGGAUUCUCUCGGGACCUGACCCAGUCUACUUCCAACUCCGUUCGCCGUCAGAAUGCGCAGAAGAUUUCCAAUUAUCCCCGAUGCCAACACAACCCAGCGGCAUCACAGCAUAAUCACGUCGACAUUUCAAGUAUCGAGCAGGGUAAAGAUGUCCGGACUACGGUCAUGUUGCGCAACAUUCCAAAUAAGUUCACCCUAAAGAUGCUGAAGGAAUUCAUUGAUGAAUCCAGCUUUGGAACAUACGACUUCGUGUAUCUUCGGAUCGACUUCCUCAACAAGUGCAACGUGGGCUAUGCUUUUAUCAACUUCGUUGACCCUUUGGAUAUCAUCAAUUUUGUCAGGGCUCGGGCAGGUCAAAAGUGGGACCGGUUUCAAUCGGAGAAAAUUGCUCAGAUAUCAUAUGCGACAAUUCAGGGCCGUGACUGCUUGAUUCAGAAGUUCCGAAACAGUUCUGUCAUGCUGGAGGAGGAGAACUAUCGUCCCAAGCUCUAUUACACCUUGGCCGAUGGUGAGGAGCUGGCUGGCACGGAGGAAGAGUUCCCUCAGUCGGAUAACUCAUCGAAGCUUCAACGCAGCUGUCAGAAUGCCGAACAGAUGGGCCUUUUUGCUCCAAACGCUGGUCAACAGGUCAGAGCUGAUCAGCGACAACGCCGCUCACUAUAUGAUCGUGGUAAUAGUCUUGCUGAGAGGGACAAGUUCUACUCUGAUGCAUACGAUAAUUCCGAAAGUCGUGGUUUGGGCAGGUCAGGGUAUCGCGCAUCGUAUUGA